GUGACCUCAAAUCCGGAAGUGUUUACGACAUCGCGAAACUCAAGUGUCAAAGUCUGAAAUAAACCGUGCUGUGUGUAGUUCGCUGCAGCGGAUGUGAGUUGCGAGGAUGCCCAGAGGAUGCAGAGAGGAUACAGCAGACGUUUAACGGAUGAUAACGGACAUAGAACGUUUGUUGCUCGUAUAUGUCGCGGAUUUACAUCGUACACGGCGGAAAGUUCAUCCGUUCUAAAAGUUUUGUGCAGCUCAAAACUUUUUGCGCGGAUGAAAUCACAGUGGACGGAUGCUCGAUGGAUAGAGCGUAUGAAGCACGUAUGCAAUGAGUACACAACGGAUGCAUAACGUUUUCCAACGGAUGGCAAAGAUUUUUUUACGUUUUACAUCCUCUUUGCAUCCGUUUCUUCCAAUCAAAAUGGCGUCGUCGUUAAAAGUAAUGAAAGCCAUACGAGUGUCUGAGUUUGGAGCUCCUUCGGUUCUGAAGUUCUGCUCUGACUUACCGGUUCCUGCUGCAGGACCCAAACAGGUGCUCAUUCGAGUGCACGCAUGUGGCGUGAACCCAGUGGAGACGUAUAUCCGUUCUGGUGCCUACGCCCGCAAACCCAGCCUCCCCUACACUCCGGGAUCUGAUGUAGCCGGUGUGGUCGAGGCUGUGGGAGAUGGAGUUCGCUUCCUGAAGGCAGGUGAUCGAGUGUUUACCACCGGCACUGAGACGGGAGGAUACGCCGAAUACACCGUCGCUUCAGAGGAGUCUGUUCACAAACUCCCUGAUUCUCUCGGUUACAAACAAGGAGCUGCUGUGGGAAUCCCGUAUUUCACUGCGUACAGGGCUUUAUUUCACAAGGCGCAUGCUAAAGCAGGAGAGACUGUUCUGAUUCAUGGAGCCAGUGGAGGGGUUGGAGUUGCGGCGUGUCAGCUGGCCCGAGCGUUUGGACUGAAGGUUCUGGGUACUGCUGGAACCCCUGACGGCAUGAAGCUCGUGCUCAGUAACGGAGCCCACAUGGCCUUUAACCACAGAGAAAAGGACUACAUGGAUAAAAUCCAGGCUGCGACUGAAGGCCACGGUGUUAACGUGAUCAUCGAGAUGCUGUCGAACGUGAACCUGAGCAACGACCUGAACCUGCUGGCGUUGGGUGGCAGGGUGACGGUUGUAGGAUCUCGAGGUUCUAUCGAGAUUAACCCGAGAGACACGAUGGCUAAAGAGUCCAGUAUCAUCGGUGUCGCUUUGUUCUGUGCCACAAAGGAGGAGAGGGCGGAGACGGCCGCGGCGCUGUUCGCAGGAAUGGAGGCCGGGUGGCUCAGACCUGUGAUUGGUCCCGAGUACUCACUCGACAAAGCUGCUCAAGCCCACGAGGACAUCAUCAACAGCAGCUCCGGGGCUUCUGGGAAAAUGAUCCUGAUUAUGUGAAAUCUAAUAAAACCUGUCACUAAUCAAA